CAAUAGGAAAAAAAAAACAUUUUUCAAGUGUCAAAACGAAAGAUUUCAAAACAAACAACAUAAUUUGGCUUCGCAGUUCAAUUGAAAAAGAAAAUAAUAACAUUUACAGAGUGUGAACGAUGUAGCCGCAUUCAGAAACGUAAUAGAAAAGGAAACAUCGACGAUGACCGAAAGAAGUGUGCAGCAGCGCAAUUUGCUGGUGGCUUGUGCGCGCGGUGAAUAUGAUUUUCUAGAGAAAUAUAUUCGAAAAAAUCCACAGAAACGGAAAUACGAAGUGUUUGACAACCACAGAUGGGGACCGUUGCAUCAUGCUGUAGCGAGUAAUUCGUACGAUUGUGUUCAGUUAUUGUUAUCGUCCGGCCUGGUCGACACUAAAUGGAGAUCAUUCGAAGGACAAACGUGUUUAUUCGUGGCAGUGGAUCGAGGUGCCUCACAGGCAAUCAUCAAAGCACUGUUAAAAGCUGAUUCGGAUCUGUUCAACCUGUCAAACAACGAGAGUGUUUAUCCGAUGCAUAAGGCGGUUCUUAAAAAUUCCCUGGAAACCGUGCAAACGAUGGUCGAAACACUGAACGAAAUGAGAGUCACAUUCGCCGAUCAAUUCGACUGGGACUAUGAGAAUUGCCUAUUUCUUGCCGCUCGCGCAAAGAACUUGCAAAUAAUGGAAUAUUUGCUGACAACAGACAAACACGAUCCACAGCAUUUGAAUGAUGCGGGCUUAAAUGCUGUUACAAUCGCUUUGUUGCCAUGCGAAGAAAAUAUGGAAAAUGAAGCAUUCAAUCGAUUUGAAAUCUUCAAGAGAUUGGUACCACUGACUUAUGAUUUAUCAGCCGACAAUUGUAUGCAACGAAUGAUGCUGUCGAUUAGUUUUACCUGUCUGUUUAAGCAUCGUGAGAUAUUCCAAUGGAUCAUUGAACAUUUUUAUCUCAGCACAAUUAAUGAGCAUCGAGAUUUAGUUCAGAAAGUGUUGAACACAUUGCAACUCGUUGACUUUGACUAUCAGAUCGUUUUAGUCGCUUUGCAUUCGAAAUUGCCACGGUUCGUGGUUAAUGACGCUGAUCAACUGAAAAACGACAUUUUGUAUUCCAACAUUUUCAACGAUUUACGCAACAUCUUCAACUAUGAUCGUGAGCUCUUCAUUGAGAUUGUAGCGGUGAUGCGACCGAAACUCGAUUCAGAAUCGCUGAACUAUGUGAUGUUAAAAUUUAUACCAAACGAAUCCAUUGACCGAACACAAAUGCUCGACGAUUUCAUUCAAAUGUUUGACAUCAUGCAAAUUGGAGACUUGCUGAAUAUUCGAAAACUUCUACUUUUUACACCAUCGCCCACAUACUUAAACAAUCUGCUGCUUUUACUCAUGCCAUUUUCAACGGAGUCAACGGCUGAUAUUUUCAUCGAAAAACGAUUGAAGGAUAAACUAUUCACCGAUACAACGCCAUACGAACGGGACGAUGGUCUGGUGCGAUUCUGCAUCAACGGAAUGUUUCGCAGCAAAUGUGAUUUGAAAUGUCUCUGCCGAGCAACGAUCCGAUCCAAUAUUCUACACAGCAAUGAAAUUGAAAGGACCAACCAUGAACGAUUGAAUCAAAUUCGAUCCAUGCAAAUACCAAUUCCAAUAAAAAACUUUCUGUUAUUCAAUUAUACGCGAUAUGAUUUUAAAUGAAUAGAUUUAAGUGACUGUUAAGCUAAUUUAAAGCAAGAUAAAGUGUUCUAGAAAUAAAACUGAAGAAUCGAAAAAAAGA